CUCAUCCUGAUCCAAUCCCAUCCCUGUCGAAUGGUCGGACGUCAUCUCAUCUUCUUUGAUCUAUUCCUUGGAUAUCCGACUUCCCUUCUCGGUAACAACUGUUGAUAUCCUCCCUCCGACCCUCCUCUCCUACCUCCCAUCUGUCUCGACUCUCGCGUGACUCGUUCUAUACCGUGGCGCCUAGCUCAACCUCCACCAAUUGUCGCGUCAUUUCUCGUCUGACGGAAUCCGCCUCAUUUUUUCCAGCUGUUCGACGUAGACUUUGACUCUCUCUUCACUUAGUUCGUUCGAAACCGUCGAUCGGUCUAAGAACCUAGAUUUUCCCUCUCCGUGGCCGGCUCCCGCACCCGCAUCGGAGCCGCCAUGGCUCAACCGUCCGACCAACUCGCCGGACAAAUCUCCCAGCUCAAUGCCGCCCGUAAUCUUGUCUUAGGCGAUGCCGCCUUCUACCCCCAGAUCAUCAACGGCGUCCUCCCGAUCAUCGGCGCGCGCGCACACGUGGACCUGCGACGAUGGGGCUCCGACUUCCUCGCCGAGACCUUCGCCAGCCCGGCGCUAGGAUCUUCACAAAAGGAACAGCUAGCUGCGGACUCGCUGAAGUCGAUCCGGGAGACGCUGGAGCUUCCGGAAACUGAUCAAUUGGUAUUGCGCAAUCUCGUGGAGGCUGCGGCCAGCUUGUACCCGCUGGUUUUUAGACGCAUCAUCAAUCGCCCAAAUGAUUCAAGCGUCUGGGAGCAUAUGACGGCCAUUAAGCAAGAUAUCCUGCGGAGAUGGGAUGACUUUCCAUUUGCGGUCAAAUUGUGCUGCAUCAAAUUCGUACAGCGCGUGGUGCAGGUGCAGACCCACGGCUCGAUAGCGGACCCCCGACGCCCCGACCAAAACGAAACCUCCCUGGCCAUUGUACCCCGAAACCACCCCAUACUUUCGCUCCCGAACCUCGAGGCCGAGGCCUCGGGCCUGCUGGACCGGCUCUUGUCCGUGUUCCAAGAAGAGGACUGUGAUCCUCUCCUCGUCAAUGCCACCUUGAACUGCUUGGCCGUUCUCGUCCGAAACCGACAGUCCGUCGGAAACAAGAUCAUCAACGCGGUGAUCAGUUUCUUCCCCGCGAAACAAGUGCGCUCUCCGAUAACGCCCACGAUACGUGUUGGAGUCAAGUCUAUGGAACGGACAGCGAAGGCCCUGAUGAUCAAUAUCUUGAAGAGGAACCCCAACCAUCCCCUCACCGCAAAGAUGCAGCACUAUGUCGAGCGAUUGAUGCAAUCGCGCCUAGAGCCAGUCGACGACUCGAAUCGGAAGCGUGGUUUACCGUCGGAGCCAACGGAUGGACUGGACAAUGCCAAACGGUUAAGGCUUGAAGCCGAGACGCCGUUGAUCAAGGUCCCUCCUCUUCCGGCGGGACCCAUCAGCUUCCAGCAGCUCUACACGCUGACCGAGGACGCGGGGCUGUCGUCUUUUGACGUAAAACAGCUUCCUGCCGACCUUCUGGUCAAGAUCCUGGUCCCCGUCCUCACUCGUGUUGACCAGUCCGCAUUAAACCAGGCUGUCGAUGCCAUCCGAAUGCGCUAUAGGUCCCUUCCGAAACCGCAAGUACCCUCACCCGCUGCGGAAGAAGAGGACGACGACUAUGAGCCCGAGUACGAGCCGAUGGAUCUUCCUGUGCCAGAACCAGGACAGGGCGACGCCGUGUCGGCCGAUGUUGCCGAUCUGGAGCCGGACUUGGUAUCAUUAGGACCGUUUGUUCUGCCUCAGCCUCCCCCGCUGAGCGAAGAGGAGGCCGCGGAGACGGGCCGGGGUGCGGUUGCCCGAGUGUUCGGCAUGUUAGGGACAACGGACGCAGCGCCGACACCCGCCAAGGGCAAAAACCAACAACACCUAGGCUUUUCCCGACUAGCAGGGAGCACAUUCGACCGGGAUGCGUGGGUGACGUUGCUGACGCGGCUUGCAACGCGAGCCCCGGCAGGCCUCGAGACAGCAGACAAGAAAGCCGGGACGGAUGGCUCGCGAAAAGCCCCGGCGAUCUCGGACUCCAUCCGCGAAACCCUCUACCGGUACAUUUUAGAGGACUUCCGAGCCCGGGUCAACGUCGGGAUCAUGUGGCUGAACGAGGAGUGGUACAACGACCGGAUCCAGAUGAAGUUCACAGCGUCCCAGCGAAGCGAGGACGACGAAGAGACGACGGUCCCUCUGCACUACGACCAGUGGGCGCUUCGGCUGCUCGACGGAUUCCUGCCGUAUCUGGAUUCGAGAGAUACCAAGAUCUUCAUCCGGUUCCUCAGCGAGAUUCCGGAGAUCACGAUUCCCAUCACGCAACGGGUGGCUAGUCUAGCCAAGGACCCGGAGCGAGUCAAUCUUUGUGUUCAGUCAUUCUUGUAUCUAAUCAUGUACCGACCACCGGCCCGAGAAAUCUGUCUCAACGCAGUAGAAGACGUCUAUCGCACAUACGAGGAAUCUCGACCCGUCGCAGGGAAGGUUCUCGCGCGGUGGCGGCCCCAAAAAGCAGACCCUCCGAAUCAAUCACCAUCCCAAUCCCAACCUUUGGCCUCGCGGCCUGCGAAGUCGGAGCCCGAGUCGGGGGUAAAUACGGCCGCUGGGGAAUCUUCUGUUUCGGCGUCAUAGUUGUUAUUCAAGAGGGGGGAGAGAUAAGCAGAUGUCAGUCUGCAGUUGUUGUUAUUGCACCGAUGAUACCUGUACUUUAUAAAGCAGUCGAUUUACGCAUAUCCAUUUUGCAGGGUGGGAUCUGCAUUGAAUUAAUAUAGCAUGCAUGUUAUGCAAGAGCAUAUAUUCUGCAUACGUGGC